AUGAAGUCUCCCAUCCCGGAUUACCUCAAUCGAGUCCUCGACAAUGCCCGCGCCGAUGAAUCUGGCGCUCCUGCCGGCUAUAUCGAUGUGCUCCGUCAAGCCGAUACCUCCCGACUAGCCGUGGCCAUCGCAAUGGUGGACGGCAACGUCUACAGCGCCGGCGACGAUGAAGUCGAAUUUUCCAUCCAGUCCAUCUCCAAAGCAUUCGUCUACGCUCUCGCCAUCGAGGACGCCGGUCUCACGCAGGUACUGAAGAAAAUCGGAGUCGAGCCAUCCGGCGACGCUUUCAACGAGCUUUCGCUACAUGAAGGUUCAAACCGCCCUAUGAAUCCGAUGAUCAACGCCGGUGCUAUUGCCGCUCACUCACUGGUCGUCGGCCCCGACGCAACUUCAGAACAGCGUACAGAUCGGAUCCUGAAAGUCAUGUCCAAGCUGGCAGGCCGGCAAUUGCAUGUUUGCGAGGAGGUCUUCGAAGCUGAGAUGAAGGACUGGGACCGCAAUAUGGGGCUUGCACAUAUGCUCAAAGCCGCUGGAAUUCUUCGCGGCGAUCCUCGCGAGGUUGUCAGAGGCUACAUCCGACAGUGUUCGAUCAACGUCACUGUUCGGGAUCUUGCACUCAUGGCUGCGACGCUGAGCAAUGCUGGCUAUCAUCCGGUCACUUCUGAGCGUAUAUUCCCGCAUGCUAGUGUAAGACAGGUCUUGUCAGUUAUGACGACUUGUGGGAUGUAUGAUGCAGCGGGAGAUUGGGUGUCGCAUGUGGGCAUACCAGCGAAGUCGGGCGUGGCGGGUGGGAUUCUCGGUGCUUUACCUGGACAAGUUGGUCUUGCUGCUUUCUCGCCGAAGCUGGACGAUAAGGGGAAUAGUGUGCGUGGUGUUGCUAUUUGCGAGCAGUUGUCGAGAGAUAUGGGACUACAUCUCAUGGAUGUUUCGCAAAUCGCUCGCUCCACGGUCAGCACGAGCAUUGCAAAUUUGAACACGGCCGAUGACCAUGCAAAUUGCCGGCGUCGAGUUGCCAUUUUCCACAUGCGUGGAGCAGUACGCUUCGCUGGCUCUGAGAUAUUGACGAGAGCCUUGGUUCAAAAGCUUGGAGACGCAGAUCCGAGUGAUCCCGAGUCUGGAGCAUAUGCAGACGCAUGCGCGGUGGUACUGUCGUUUGGAGAAGUCUUCUCGCUGAACAAAGUCGCACGACGGAUUGUGCAUGAGAAUAUCAACCGCUUGCUGGCCGAAGGGAGAAGGGUCGUCGUCAUUGAUCCGACGGACGUGCUGCGAUGGGAGACGGAAGGCAAGGACAUGCAUCCUGAGGUUGUUGGGAACCAGGACCAGGCGAGAGAAUCCAUUGGCGGAGCCGGGUGCUCUGCUACAGUGGAGCAGAGCUGGUGA